AGGGGCGGGAUCUGGCGGAAGGAGGGGCUUCCCUGUAGUUGGAGGCUUCUCUUUUGAGACAGAGGGUCAUUGGGACGAAAUAGUCCAGGCUGUGGGUCUCUAGGCGGAGGCUCUGCGAUUUGAACUUUAUUAAACGAGGGAGGUGGGAUGGAGUGAGGAGUCGGGACUACAAUAGGGAUGCGCUGGCCAAGGGCUCACUACAGCCCUGAGGCAUCACAGCCGCCCGAAAAGGAAGAAAAGUGUGACGGAGUCCAGAGGUUCAAGGUGUAGGAGUGGAGACCUGGGAAGUGGGCAGGCUGGGCCGGGGCAGCGGCCAACGAGGAGAGCAGGUUACUGGGCUGCCUUCGAUUGUGGCUGGCCGGAGGGGUCGACUUUUCUUCCCUGCUGGUCCGUGUAGCCCAGGAAUCUGGCGGCUUCCUGAGCCCGGUCCUCAAAUGACAGUGACCUGAGGAUGGGAGGGGAGAAAGGUCUCCCUGGACAGCUAAAAGACACUUGAGCCACACGUACGCACAAUCAGCCCUUCUCCCUGCGUUGAUUCAGCUCGGGCCUGAACUGAUUUGACCCCGACGCCCCAGACCCACUCGCCUAGGGCGUCGCCGCCAGCGGUUGGGGGUGCGUACCUGAGGGGGCGUGGCCGCUGCCUGAGGGCCGGGCUGGAAGGAGUUAAGCGGAGGCCCGGCUCAGCCCCGCCCCCGGCAGGCCGCGGAGCCUGAGCCCCAGCGGCGAAGAGGAGCACCGCCGCUGCCGCCGGCGCGCCCGCCCGCCUCCGCCUGCGGGGAGCCCUCCUGCCAGCCGGCGCCCGGGAGCGCCACCGCCACCGCCCGGCCCAGGCCCAGGCCCUGCGCAGAGCGGAGCGGAGCGGCGUCCACCCGGGCCCAGCAAGCCGGCGCGGCGGGGGCGGGCCCAGAAUCUUCAGCGGAUCUUCCAUUCUCUAAGGCGGGAGCGGGAGCCCCGGCGCCCCGGAUCGGGCUGGGCCCGCGCCCAUGGCUAGCACGGCCUGCCCGGGCCCCGGGGACCCUGCCAUGUGAGGCAGGCCCGGGCUGGGGGCCCGGCCAUGGCCGGGGAACGGCCCCCACUGCGGGGCCCUGGACCCGGGCCGGGAGAGGCGCCGGGGGAGGGGCCCCCGGGGCCGGGGAGCGCGGGUGCAGGCCCGGGCCGGGGCCGCCCCUCCUCCUACCGGGCGCUCCGCAGCGCGGUGUCCAGCCUUGCGCGCGUGGACGAUUUCCACUGCGCGGAGAAGAUCGGGGCCGGCUUCUUCUCUGAGGUCUACAAGGUUCGGCACCGACAGUCAGGGCAAGUCAUGGUGCUGAAAAUGAACAGGCUCCCCAGUAACCGGGGAAACACGCUACGGGAGGUGCAGCUGAUGAACCAGCUCCGGCACCCCAACAUCCUAAGGUUCAUGGGGGUCUGUGUCCACCAGGGGCAGCUGCACGCUCUUACAGAGUACAUGAAUGGGGGGACCUUGGAACAGCUUCUCAGCUCCCCUGAACCCCUCUCCUGGCCUGUCAGGCUCCGCCUGGCUCUGGACAUUGCCCACGGCCUGCGCUACCUGCACGCCAAAGGUGUAUUCCACCGAGACCUCACAUCCAAGAACUGUCUGAUCCGACGGGAAGACCAAGGCUUCACAGCUGUCGUGGGCGACUUCGGGCUGGCUGAGAAGAUCCCUGUGUAUAGGGAGGGGGCACGGAAGGAGCCAUUGGCUGUGGUGGGUUCUCCGUACUGGAUGGCUCCAGAGGUGUUGCGGGGUGAGCUGUAUGAUGAGAAGGCUGAUGUCUUUGCCUUUGGGAUUGUCCUCUGUGAGCUCAUCGCACGGGUGCCUGCAGACCCUGACUACCUACCCCGUACUGAGGACUUUGGCCUGGAUGUGCCUGCUUUCCGGGCCCUGGUAGGAGAUGACUGCCCACUGCCUUUCCUGCUCCUGGCCAUCCAUUGCUGCAGUAUGGAACCCAGCGCUCGAGCUCCCUUCACCGAAAUCACCCAGCACUUGGAAUGGAUCUUGGAGCAGCUGCCUGAGCCAGCCCCCCUCACCAGGGCUCCCCUGAUACACAAUCAGGGGUCUUUUCCAAGAGGGGGUCCUUCUGCCACACUUCCCAGGCCAGACCCCCGGCUCUCCCGAAGCCGGUCAGACCUCUUCCUGCCCCCAUCACCAGAAUCACCCCCCAACUGGGGGGACAAUCUGACUCGAGUCAACCCCUUCUCACUACGGGAAGACCUGAGGGGUGGCAAGAUCAAGCUCCUGGACACGCCCAGCAAGCCAGUCGCCCCCCUGCCCCUUGUACCACCAUCCCCACUGCCCUGCACCCAGCUGCCCUUGGUGACUACUCCAGAGACCCUGGUCCACCCUGGGACACCUGCUCGUCGCUGCCGCUCACUACCGUCAUCCCCUGAGCUCCCCCGACGUAUGGAGACAGCAUUGCCAGGUCCUGGCCCUCCCGCUGUGGGCCCCUCGGCUGAAGAGAAAAUGGAGUGUGAGGGCAGUAGCCCGGAGCCAGAACCCUCGGGACCAGCUCCCCAGCUGCCCUUGGCUGUGGCCACAGACAACUUCAUCAGCACUUGUUCCUCAGCCUCCCAGCCCUGGUCCCCUAGAUCAGGACCUUCCCUAAACAACAACCCCCCAGCUGUGGUGGUAAACUCUCCACAAGGCUGGGCCGGGGAGCCCUGGAACCGGGCCCAGCAUAGCCUGCCCCGGGCGGCAGCCCUGGAGAGGACAGAACCUUCGCCGCCCCCUUCAGUUCCCCGGGAGUCCGAUGAGGGACUGCCCUGCCCUGGCUGCUGCCUCGGCCCCUUCAGCUUUGGCUUCCUAUCCAUGUGCCCUCGCCCCACACCAGCUGUUGCCCGCUACCGCAACCUGAACUGUGAGGCGGGCAGUCUUCUCUGCCACCGAGGGCAUCACGCCAAGCCACCCACACCCAGCCUGCAGCUGCCUGGGGCACGCUCUUAGCACUGGGGCCUGUGGUCUCAGGCCUCCAUCUUUGGCCUUCAGGAUGCCCUGUGAGGACAGCACACAUGCUGGGCGGUGCCACCCCCAGAUGGGCUGACCGGUUCUUCCCGUAGGGGAACCUCUGCAUGGACUCAACGGACAGAACAUUUCCUAUCCAACCCCUGGGCUCACUCCCAUGGGGAUCACUGAACCAGACACAGCAUUGCUGACACACGAGACUAACACGUGCAAAUUAUUUAAAAAUAUU